AUGGAGACGGCUCGUCUGCGAUUCGAGCCAAUCGACCUCGCCUACCUCGAUGGUUUUCACAGGAUCUGGUCGGACCACCAGACGACUCAAUGGAGUUCGCGAGGGGUCUGUAAGACAAUUGAGGAGACCAAGGGCAGGAUAUCCGGGAUCUUACCUGAUGCGAAUCGCCCUGGCAUCGACAAUUACGGCGUCUUCAUUCGCCCGUGGACGACUGAGAGCACCACAGAGAUGGGGCCCGAAGACAGCCAGGUGAUUGGCAUCGUGGGUGUGCACAAGGAUGAUCCUAUCCCCGAGCUGGGAUAUAUUUUCCAUCCCUCGGCGUGGGGUAAAGGGUACGCGACAGAAGCGGUAUCGGCAUUUGUCCAGCAUUAUUUCACCAUCAGGCCUGACGCUCAACUCAUCGAGGCGAAGGUGGAUUCAAAGAAUCUUCCCUCGAUCCGCGUGCUCCAGAAGUGCGGCUUUGAUCAGAUGGAAAUACUUGUAGGCGGAGCGGAACAGCCGUGGCUAGAUCCUCCCGUCAGAGAUCUUGUCGUGUUUCGGACCACGAGAAAGCCUCGUGGAGAUUGA